CGUUCCCAAAAUAAACGAAAGAAAUCCUCCCUCCCUAAAUUAGUCCACGAGCUCUCUCUGCAUUCGUAAAAGAAACCCUAAUUCAUUCUCUCUAAUUAGGGUUUUUGUCAUCAAUCUUCAAUUAAGGUUUUUUUUUACUGUCAAUCGAUCAUGCAGCAGACUACAACAAUGUUAAAGUUCACUCCAACUUUUCAUCCUCCUAAUAGAAUAAUCAAGAAACCCCAAACUCACUUCACCAAUUUUCCCAACAUACACAAGAUCACCAACAACAAACCCUUCCAAAUUACUAAUUCUCCCAACAUAAACAUGACCACCAACAACAAGCCCUUCCACAUUUCAUCCUGCAGUAAGAAGGAUAACGCGGAUGCAAAUUCUGUAUUGAAGAAGGAUGCACCAAAGAACUCUACAUUGACCAGUGAGAAGGAGUUGCAGUUGUCCGUUUCUUCUGCUUUUGAGCCAAUUUUCUCAGCUGUUAAAUGGGUGUUUUCAUCUCUGACUAAAUUGGUUUCACCCUAUACAAGUACAUCCAAAUUCAAUGUUAAGCAUGACCAGUUAUUGUCCGAGCACACUGGAAAGGAGAUUGUCGGGGUUGUUCAGCAUGUGGUUCGUGAUCAUGACGGAUUACUGGAAAUGACUGUACUAUGUGAACAUGGUUUAUUGAAGAAUCUUAAAAUCAGUAGCUCUGACGUUGUCAAUCAGACCUUAUUCAAUGAGGAGGAGAACGAGAAAAUGCGGAGGAUUUAUACAGUAGUAGAGUGCAAGGACAAUGAUUUUGAGAAGAUGGAGGAGGAGAUAAAAGAUAUUAUAAAUGCUCAUGAUGAAUUGAAAUGCAAUUCUAAGUAUAACUUUGUUGGGCUGGAGUCAGCUUUUCCUAUAAAGAUCCUAGUGAAGAGUUAUGUUACAUUGUCCAAAUUGAAAACUCCUCGCUUCGAGCACUACAUGGAACUAAGGAGGAAAGUGCUCUCAGAGAUUGAUGAAAUCCGAUGCAAACAUGGUGGGAUAAGGAUGAAAGUGAAGUGCUCGCAGAGAUUGAUAAAAUCCAACGCAAAUGAGACUCUUUCGAACCUUGGUUUGCUGCAUAUCGUUCAACAACAGACGUCACUCUGCCUGCACCUGGAAGAGAGUCUGUGGAAUCCAUCAGAAAGAGAGAUUGUUUUUUGGAGCCUGAGAAAUAGGGAAAGCAUAGUUUCAUCCUUGUCAAAAGACUGGAACAUAUCUGCUGGCUUUUCUUGCUUGAACCGCAUCACCUAUUGACAUGGCCUUUCUACUGGAAAGACCUUAUAUCUUUUCUUUGCCAAAACAUGAUCCUUUCAUUAUUUUGUCAGUUCAUAUGCCAAUGGUGAACAAUCAGUUGGUGUUGGAAAUUGGAAGCUACGGGGAAUUUUCAAAUUGAAAUUUGCAUGGCAGCUACGGGGAAUUUCCAAAUUCCACUGGUGUUACCAAUCCAACUAGAUUUUGUGCCCGUGCUACGCACCGGGGGACCCGAAAACCAUACACAUUUUAUUUUCUUUUAACCAUAUUUUUGGUUUGGUGUGAUGUGGCUUCGUCUCGCCCCGGCUCGCAUUUUUUACUUGUUGUCGCAGGGUUUCCACCGCCCCAUUAUUUAGGAGUUUUGAUUUGGUGUGGCUCGGCUUCGCCUCGCCCCAAUGCAUGCUAAGGAGUUUUUGAUUUGAUAUGGCUUGGCUUCACCUCGCCCCGUCGCAUAGAAUUUUUGAUUUUGUGUGGAUCGGCUUCGCCUCGUCCCGAUGCAUACUUAGGAUUAUUAAUCUUGUCUGGUUCGAUGCAUGUUUAGGAUUUUUAAUUUGGUGUGGUUUGGAUUCCUCUCACCUAUUCCCGAUGCAUGCCGAGGAUUUUCGAUUUGGUAUAGCUCGGCUUCUCCUCGCCCCUCGCUUCGGAUAUUGAUUUGGUGUUUGUUUUUAUUUUCUUUCUUUUUUUUAUCUUUGUUGGACAGUGUUUGAAAAGAUGGUGAUAGGAGUUGAUAGAAAUAUAAAGCCAUUUCCAAUAGCAUUCAACAAAAAUAAUAACCAGUGUACUUAUUAAUUAAUACAUACCUAGUCAAUAUAGAAAAAAAUUCACUA